AUGGGUGGAAGGCCUGGGUACGGUGAUGAGCGGCCUCAUGGUCGGUACAUGGGUGGUCGUGGUGGAUAUCAAGACUGGGAUGCAGGUCGGGGUGGUUUCGGUGAUGCUUCCAAUGCUGGGUCUACUCAAAGAGAAGGUUUGAUGUCAUACAAACAAUUCAUUCAGGAGCUUGAAGAUGACAUACUUCCUGCUGAAGCUGAACGCAGAUAUCAAGAAUACAAGUCAGAGUACAUAUCAACUCAGAAAAGAGUAUUUUUUGAUGCGCACAAAGAUGAGGAAUGGUUAAAAGAUAAAUACCAUCCCACGAAUCUUGUGACAGUCAUUGAAAGGAGGAAUGAACUUGUCCGCAAAGCUGCCAAGGAAUUUUUGCUUGAUCUGCAAAGUGGGACAUUGGACAUAGGUCCUGGUGUAAGUGCUUCGCCCCCAAGUAAGACUGGACAAACCACCAGCAACCCAAAUUCUGAUGACGAAGGAGAUAUUGGGGGCAAAAGAAAGCGAAAUGGAAGGGCACCUGGAAAAGAAUCUGAUGUACUUUCAGCUGCUCCGAAGGCCCACUCAAUUAGUUCGGAUCCCAGAAGAAUUCAGGUUGAUGUUGAACAAGCACAAGCUCUUGUUCGCAAGCUUGAUUCUGAAAAGGGAGUUGCUGAGAAUGUUUUAGCUGGUUCUGAGAGUGAUAAAACAAACCGAGAGAAAUCUCAUGGCGGCUCCACUGGCCCUGUUAUCAUUAUACGAGGGUUGGCCUCUGUUAAGGGAUUAGAGGGGACUGAACUAUUGGACACUCUUCUGACUUAUCUUUGGCGGAUUCAUGGUGUGGACUACUAUGGGAUGCUUGAAACAAGUGAACCUAAAGGUCUAAGGCACAUUAGGGCAGAGGGAAAAACUUCUGAUUCUGAAAGUGGAGGACCUGAGUGGGAGAAGAAGCUUGAUUCCCGUUGGCAAGAAAGGCUCAGGGGACAGGAUCCGCUGGAAACAAUGACAGCGAAGGAGAAGAUCGAUGCUGCAGCUGUUGAAAAUUUGGAUCCUUAUGUGAGGAAAAUCAGGGAUGAGAAGUAUGGAUGGAAAUAUGGUUGCGGAGCAAAGGGUUGCACAAAACUAUUUCACGCUGCUGAAUUUGUGCACAAGCAUCUGAAACUUAAGCAUACGGAAGUUAUCUUAGAGCUGACAUCCAAAGUUAGGGAGGAGCUUUAUUUCGAAAACUACAUGAAUGAUCCAAAUGCACCCGGUGGCACUCCUGUUAUGCAACGGCCUCAACUGAGAGACCGACCAAUGCGGAAGAGGUUAGGUAUUCAAAGCCGAUUGAAGGACGACCGUGGGAACAGGAGAGAACUUGACAAUCAAGCAAAUGGUGGUGAUAGAUAUGAUCGACCUGAAAACCCACAAUCAGGGGAGUUCCAGUCCAAUAACAACGAUGGUCCUGAUGGUGGGAAUGGCGAUGAACAGAUGUAUGAUAGUUUUGGUGCACAAGGUGGAGGGAUUCAUCCAUUCCCCUCCGACAUCCCCCCACCACCCGUCUUGAUGCCUGUUCCUGGUGCUGGUCCUCUGGGUCCUUUUGUACCUGCACCUCCUGAGGUUGCCAUGCGAAUGUUCAGAGAACAAGGUGGUCCUCCUCCAUUUGAAGGUGGUGGUGGCGGUAGGAAUGCAAGACCUGGGCCUCAAUUAGGGGGGCAAGCUCCUAUACUUCUAUCUUCAGCCUUUCGGCAGGAUCCAAGGCGUAUUCGCAGUUACCAAGACCUAGAUGCACCAGAAGAUGAAGUUACUGUGAUAGACUACAGGAGUUUGUAG